GCAGCAACCAUUCAGCUGGCUUUAGUCGAAGUGGAGUUCAGCGAAAUGGCAACUUCAAAGGUACAAGUUGAUGCCAGGCUGAAAGAUUGGGCCUUCGGAUCAACCAGUCUCAACCGGCUUGCAAGGCCGAGGUUGCCAGGUCCUAAGCACCUGCCCGCGCAUGAGAGAAAUUAUUUGAAGGCGGGUGCAGAGGCGAUCUGCAAACCUCCUUCUAGCAUGUGUGGCACUAGACAGCCAAUUGGCCGAGGCAGUCGGGACAAAGCCUUUUCUGUUGGUUCAGAUUGAGGUUUCGCCACGUGUGAGGAGGACUAUGCUGAGAUGGCUUGCUUUUGGUGCAGGCUGCCCCAGCUGGGCAAUGGAGGACAUCGGAGAGGGUGGUGACUUGGGCUACGAAAAGCAAGAUGGUUUGAAACCGGGCUUGGGGAAAAAAAGAACUAGGGUGCCUGGCUUUACAGCCUUGCCAAGUGGCCUGCAAGUUAAAGACGUGAACCCUGGCAGAAAUGAGACUUCAGCUGCCAAACUUGGAGACUUUGUAGUCUUUACGUGGGAAGGCUACACCAUCAAUUACUUCGGUCGGCCAUUUGAAACACAAACUCUGCAGAAGAUGUCUGGAGUGGAGCCGAAUCCUGUCAGAUUCCAGGUUGGCGAUGGUACCAUCAUCAAAGGUAUUGAUGAGGGUGUGAGAGGAAUGCGGGAAGGUGGCGUAAGACAGCUGUACAUUCCAGUGGAGUUGAGCUACGAUGAGGAGAAAAAAACUUGGCCCACGACCCACUACGGCCGGUGGGAACAGAGCGCUUGAUUUUGUCAUGGACAAUAAGGGUGGCCUCAUGGACAAAACAUUGCUGAUCAAUGUGGCAGUGAAACGCGUAUAUCAGAAGUGAACCAUUAGAGAGGUGAUGCCGCCACUUGAUGGGAAACCAUGCGAGCUCUCUUUGACUGCUUGGGGUGGGCAGGGGCUUGCAAAUAUGCACAUAGGAUCGGUAUCCC